CAGGCAUGCCGGGCCCGCGCGCGGUGCCGGCUUGAUCAGAAUACGUUACGGCUUGGUAGAAAACAACGCAUCUUGGAGUGCUCAGAAAUCAGUCGAGGAAAUACAUCGAUUUUCUAACAUUUGGCGCUUUUCUUUGCAUCAACAAUGGAACAUACGUUGAGAUUACUAUCUGCAUUACUUUUGGUGUUACUUGUGCUAUGCUUUCGAGGAGUAAGAAGUCAAUGCGGACCGGAUCAAUUCAAGUGCGAGAACGGGAAAUGUAUCCCACAGAUUUGGACUUGUGACCAGGAAGAUGAUUGUGGCGACAGCUCUGAUGAGAACGAUUGUCCACCCAGGACCUGUAGCUCUACCGAGUUUGAAUGUAGGAGUGAGCAUUGCAUCCCUGGAAGAUGGCACUGUGAUGGAGAUCUAGAUUGUGCAGAUGGCUCAGAUGAGGAUGCUACUAGAUGUGCCCAAAAGACCUGCCGUGCUGACCAGUUCAGCUGUGGGGAGAGUAGCACUUGUAUCCCAAGAAGUUGGGUGUGUGAUCACGACCUAGACUGCGAUAAUGGCUUAGAUGAGAGGGAUUGUGCGGAUGUGACUUGCCAGGCCAAUGAAUUCACCUGCAGUAACCAGAAAUGCAUCACACUUCGUUGGCACUGUGAUCACGAAGACGACUGUGGGGACAACUCGGACGAGCAAGGCUGCCCUGAGCCCACCUGUGCCCCCACCGAGUUCCGCUGCAACAACUCCCUCUGCAUCCCGCAGCGCUGGGUCUGUGACGGCGACAGCGACUGCUUGGACCAUUCAGAUGAGCCGGCUUCAUGUGAGGCUGAGCCCUCCACGCCAUGCUCCAACAGGGAGUUUGCCUGCGCCAAUGGGGAUUGUAUUCAUGAGUCUUGGAAUUGUGAUGGCGACAGGGACUGCACAGAUGGAUCAGAUGAACUGGAUUGUCAUCUGGAGACAUGUGCUGGUUUUCAGUUCACCUGUAACAAUGGACUGUGUAUUGAUGGAUCCAAACAGUGUGACUCUGUGCGUGACUGUGUAGAUGGCUCUGAUGAAUUGGGAUGCUCAGUGCCGCCUAGUCAGUGUGCUGAGCAUACCGAGUUUCAGUGUCACAAUGGAGCCUGCAUUUCAAUGGAUUUGGUGUGUAACCAGGUCAAUGACUGUGGCAGUUGGGAGGACGAACCCCUGCAGGCGCAAGGCGGUUGCAAUAUCAAUGAGUGUGACGUUGACAGUGGGGGCUGCCAUCAAAUCUGUAACGACCUCCCCAUUGGUUACUACUGCUCAUGUCGCGAUGGCUAUGAGCUGGUGGACGGUCAGUGUGUGGACAUCAAUGAAUGUAAGACUAUCCCGGGCAUCUGCAGCCAGCGCUGCGACAACCUGGAAGGUAGCUACAAGUGCACCUGUGACGAAGGCUACCUGAUUGAACACCAUGGCCAGUUCUGCCGCGCCUUGGGACCUGAGCCGCAAAUCAUCUUUGCCAACCGACACGACAUCCGAAGAUUUGACAUCCACUCCCAACACUACCGUCCUCUGUACUCCAACCUAGAAAGUGCUGUGGCUUUGGACUUUGAUGUACAAACAGGCUCACUUCUGUGGACAGAUGUCGGCGACGAGAAAAUCUACAAGGGCUCAAUCAGUGGUGCUGAUACAAGUGCCCCAGUCACACUGAUGGACCGUGUGGAAACUGCUGAUGGCAUCGCCAUGGACUGGAUCUACCGUAAGGUUUACUGGACCGACACUGGUAAUAACUCGGUGGGUGUGACGUGCUUCAACACUGGUGACACCAAGACCCUCUACACUGAAAACAUUGAUGAGCCAAGAGCCAUCGUUGUGGAUCCAGAAACUGGGUUUAUGUUCUGGACUGAGUGGGGACAGAACCCAAGUAUUGAAAGGGCGGGUAUGAAUGGCAACUUCCGCCAGUCAAUUGUCACAGUGGAGGUGGCCUGGCCCAAUGGCAUCGCCAUUGACUAUGCCAGCGAGAGUCUAUACUGGAUCGACGCCAAGCUUCACACUCUCAGUACUGUGGAUUUCAAUGGCAACAACCGCCGCACCAUCCUCAACAGCCCCUCCCUGCUACCCCACCCCUUUUCCAUUUCUGUCUUUGAGGACCACGUCUACUGGACUGACUGGCAGAGAGAGUGCAUCACUCGGGCCAACAAGUUCACUGGGAUGGAUCGCGAGACCUUGCUGACCACGCUUUAUUCACCAAUGGACAUUCAAGUGUACCAUCCACUCAGACAACCAAACCGCACAUCAAACCGCUGCGGCAGCAACAAUGGUGGUUGUUCCCACCUUUGUGUGGCAACCCCCCAGAUCACUGAGAGCUCCGCCCCUUACACCUGCCUUUGCCCUGAUGGAGUUGACCUCAUUUCAGAUAUGCGCACCUGUCGUGGGUCUUUCCCCAAACCCAUCGACCCGAGUCCAUCAACUUCCCCCAUCAACCCUAAGCCAACACCCUCCAACCCUAAGCCCAACCCUGUCACCAAAUUCCCGACCACAACCAUGGGCAACAACAUUGGCACUAAGCCAGGCAAAAAGACGCCAUCUGGUGAGAACAACGAGGGCAACGAGAUCAACCCUGUGCCUCAGUCGGGAGAUCACACACCUGUCUCUGUCAUCGUUCCCGUCACUAUCGUCAUCUUCGUCAUCUUGUGCAUUUUGGUCCUGGGGAUUGUCUUUGUAUACAGGAAAUAUUUUAGAAACAGCAAGCGCACAAUGCAUUUUGACAAUCCAGUUUACCGCAAGACAACAGAAAACCAGUUUUGUCUAUCCCAACCCCAGACUUACGAGCACAACCCAGGCAAAGCAUACAAGCCUAUCAUGAACCCAGAUGACAUAGCAUGAUGUCACCAAGAAACCACGGAAAACUAGGAUUCGUCAUCGAUGCAGUCAAAGUCAUCUUUUGUCAGGCAUGUCCCUUGUUCCCUUGUCCUUCCAUGUUUAGAGUUUAGAAAAAAGUUGAACAUUCAAAAAUACAAAAAAAGGUUGCAUAGGAAUUACUAAUACGGUGUCAUUCCGGCCAGAAGCUUGGCCAAGAUCAGAAUAGCAAUGGUAGAAUUAUCCCAUGAUAAAUACUUGUACAUUUAUGCAAAUGAAAUGUGGUGAAUGACAAAGGUCUUAGAACAUGGUUUUAAUAGAAGCUGUAGCCGUAGUAAGAAGGAAUAGAUUAGAAACUUGUAAGUGAACUCUCACUUUCAUAUCGAGGAUGAAACUAGUCAAGUAAAGGAGCGCGUAUUUAUUUAUUAUUUUGAGAGGAAUUUCUUGGGCUUAAAUCAAAGCAUAGUUAACAGUUCACUGGGAAGACACUCCAGUCGUUAUUUCGACAUACUGAAUGUGGUUUUGAGUUUCGUUUUUAUCUUUGAUUUCUUUUUUGUGGGGGGAGGGGAAAUUUGCUUCAUUUCCCGAUGAAAAAAGAUCUGAAUGGAUAGAUUUGUUGACUUUGCUUUGAUUUUAGUUCAAGUGGGUUUGGUGGGCAGUGAUAUCACUGAUAUUAUUGCUGUCAUGGAAUAGGUGUGAUGGGGUUCGAAGUAUAAACGUUCCUCCAUGACCACUCGCUAACCAUGAGUUGGAAAAUGGAGAUUUAUAAAUAAGAACAAAAAAGAAAAAAGAAGCUUUAAAAAAAAAAGGAACAUAAGCCCCGUAAGCCAACUCCUUGCAAUACAAUAAAAUGCUGGUAUGUUAUUUAUGGUGCACCAGUGUAAGAAUUGCUGUUGUACAGUUAGUGUGUAAGAAAAUAUGUUCCUUAUUAUGCAAAUGCAAUGCAAAGAAGUGUUCGUUGUGUACAGGAAAAUUAUCUGAUCUGUACAAAUUUACAGUUUCAUUUCGAAAAGGGGCACAUAAAAACAAGGAAAAAAAAUCAAUUAAUGAAGAAGCUCUGAAACUUUUGAGAAAUUUGUGUUGACUGAUAGCAGGCAGCUGAGAUCAAGAGUAUGAAAAUCCCCUGGGAAAAAGACCUCCAUCCCACCCAUCCGCCCACAAACACACUGCAAAGAUAUGUUUUUCUCAGUGUGGGAGGGGUGUUGGAAAUUUCAGGGGAGGGGUUGCUGGGAAUGGCAGAAAUAGCAAUCAAUAUUUUUUUUUAAAAAAUUUGGUUGGAGAUUUUAUUUGGUAGGCUUUUUUGCAACAAGACUCUGGCCACAUUGAGUGUGCCGUCUCAAAGGCAUCCAAUUUGCUGUAGUCCCAAACAAACUAUGCAGUUAAUGGUACAAUUUUUGAAGGGUACAGUUUUUUCUACCUGCCAAGCACGGUCGUGCCCACUAAGCAUGUAGCUUUAUAAGCUGUAACUAAACACGUCUGUGAUUGGUCAAGUAUCUGAUCCCUGUACUUCUAUCAGCCUGUUAAGGCCGAGUACUAACUGUAUAUCGGACUUAUUAUUUAUUAAUUUGCAUACUGCAAAUAUUUACAUAUAUUUAUAGAUAUAUUUGUACGUGUGUUGUAGGAUUUGUCCCGGUGGCGUUAACAAGUAACAUGCAGUCAGUUUCAGUCACUUUCUCCAUUUUCAAAUAGUUUCCCGGGGAGAAAAUGGAAAUAAUUCCUAAACAUUAUUUUCAGAGGGCUUAUAGCGGCCGUUGGUAUGUAUAUACAUGUAACUGUUAUUUUGGUUCUGUUUUUGUUUUGUAUGUACUGUACUCAAAUUUGUAAAUAUAAAGAGAAAGAGAUAUAAUUUUGUAUAAACCAGCAUUUAAAAGUUACUGUAGCGCCGCGCCUGCAUGAAAGGAGCCAUGCUAAAAAGCAUACAAUAUGUCAUGUACAUUAUUUAUUUCAUUUCUCGGUAACUCGUUUUGUUGAAGUUAUUUUCGUACUUUUCAUUUACCGCAUGUUGCCUCUGUAGCCUAGAAACCGAGAGAUUAUUGUGCUCGUUGCAAAGAUAGCAGAAAUCUCGUGGUGGUGUUGAAAUAUAUCGAGGGGGGGGGAGGGUUUCUGAGUCAUGCAUGUCGAGAUAUGUAGUUUCCAUCAAAAACAUGUAAAUAUGUGAAAUAGUGUUCUAGGUAAGUGUCGAUUAAAAAAAAUAAAUUCAAAACAUGAUAAAUCAGAAGUGCACAUUGGUGAGCAAAAUAAACAAACCUAGCAAAAAAAAUAAAUAAAUAAAAACAAUUACAAAAAAAAAGAAAGAGAAUAGAAAAAUUUAGAAGUUUGAGUACAUACUGUUGACGUAGGUGUAUAGUUAAGAGUGUUAGUAAGACAUUGUGGAUGUUGUACAUGUAUUUGUAAGGAGACAUGCGUCAAAUAGGAAGAGCGUAAAAGUGAAUUCGAUGAUGGAUUUUGCGAAGGGUGUUAAUUAAGAGAUUUGUUUUAAAGGAGAAAUCGUAUCACAUUUUUGAAGGACAGUUUACAGAGUCCUUUUCAGCAUACAAUUCAUUUCACUGACUGUAAAUAAUCAAGAAUAUUUAGACCAGGGUCUGUUGAAAAGUCUUUAUUUUCUUUUUCCCGUUUUUUUUUUUUUUUUGUUCAUACGGAAGAAAAAAAUAUUAACUUUGUCACCUGAGAGCCUUGCUCUUUCUCUAGUUUUCUUUAUUUUUGUUUCUCGUUGAGGAUAGAAAAAUUUAUUUUGUGUCAUUUGCUUUACUCUGAGACGAACCAAUAUUAAGUUGUGCGUUAGUUUUUGGUUUUGACGUCAAAGGUUGAGUUGAGAGAAAUUAUUUUCCAAGUGAAAAGAAAGUGCAGUUUACAUCCAUUGACAUUUAUGUACGGUAUCAUUUAAAUAGUUAGGGGCCUGGCCAACUUCUGGCCCUCGAUCUCUUUACUCGACUCCGAAAUUUCGUUGAGCCCGUUUUACGGAAAAGAGGUUUACACAAAUUGUUCAGCAUUUCCCGUUCAAACUGCAGAUGCCAAUUGAAAGCGGAAAAGUUCAAUGCUUAGUAAUUUUUUUUUUACUUUCCAAGUAAGUACUAAGCAGACUAACAAGGUUAUACUUACAAAGAUAUGGUUACACAGGGCUUGUUGAAUAUGUACAAAAAUGUUUGAUACAGUGUUCGGAUGUAAAUGAUCAUUUUCUUGACCAUUUUAUGGCUUCUAACGUAAAAAGGAAAGUGCAGCAUUUUUGUAAGACAAUUAUCAAACUUAUUUAUUAUAUACAUUCAAGGCACAUUUUGACCGUGUACGUUGAUGUAACGUAGUUCCAAAACUGCCCUUGUGUAGCUGAUAUCGGGAUAUUUGCGAUGCAGCUCGUUCAUUGCGCAACAUUGAAAUUGUCGGCAUUUUGGAAUUUCAUAUCGUUCAAACUGCCUUGUUGACAUCAUUCCGUAUACAUGUACAGUGUUUCGGCUUACGCCAACAUCGUGUUUUGGUCAAACGUAUUUCGAGGCCGCCAUGCUCACUGUUGAUUCACCAGGAAUCUUAUCUUCAAUGGAUAGUUGGGAAAUCUUGUCAAUUUUAUGGGUUGUGCUUCAAAGCACAAAUACUAUAUACAUGUACAUGUACCAUCAUUCAGGUAGGCCUAUGCAUGAGAAGGUAAUCCAAAUAAGUCAGGGUAGCAGGCAUUUUAUUUCUACUCGAGAAGUAUUGCAAGUGACCAUUGUUCCUACCAUGACUCUGGUGCCUCGUAAAAUAAUGUUGGAAGUCGUCAUGUUUAUGUCGAAACCGCAAUUAUGUAACAACGCCUGUGCACGGCCGGAAAUGCCUUACAUUGACCUGUAUUUUUACGGUUUUCCCUAGUAUCUUGAACAAUCCUGAUCCUUCACAGGUGGUUCACUGUUUUACAUAGUUCGCAUUUCGAAAAAAACUUUCAGUUGUUGCUGAAUGUAUACUCCUUGCUUAAAUAUCUAACGCUUACUAUGUAUAAAGAAAAUACUCAGUUAUAAGUUUGAAAUCUGUACAGUGUAGAUUGCUUUAUUGUGUUAUUUUGUUUAUGAAUAAUAGCCACCUUCCAUCCACGUUAUAAAUAAAUAAGUUUACCAGAGAAAACCAGA